UGGGGCAGGGCGGCGGGGGCCCGGGCGCGGCGGGCAGCCGGGGCGAGGCGCAGCGCCAGGGCAGGCAGGGACGGAAAGGGGGGUCGGAGGCAGCGUGAAUCAUCUCCCACUCGCUCCCUCGCCCACCAUUUACACCGCUCGCUCGCUCCCUCCUUCUCCCCCUCCCUUCCUCCCUCCCUCCCCGCCGCCUCAGUCUCACUCGUUCUCUCUCCCCUCCUCUCCUCUCCCACUCACUCUCUCCCCUCCUCUCCUCUCCCACUCACUCUGUCCUCUCCUCCUCCUGUCUCACUCUUUUCACUCUUUCCCCUCCUCCUCCUCCCCUCUCCCCCUUUCUCUUCCCUCUCUCGCCCCCCUCGUUCCCCUGUCUCCCUUCUCCUCAUCUCCUCCUGACACUGCACUGCAGCUGCUCCUCCAGCCCAGUCCUGCCCGCUUCCCUCCCUCCUUUCCCUUCCCUCCCCCCGGGUGCCAGAUAAACAAGGCGCGCAGCAUCCUCGACAAUCCCGAGCUUAGCUCUACAUUUUCGAAAAGGACAAGAGAACGGGACGAGCCCCCUCCCCUCCUCCUCCCCCUUCCUCCUCCUUCUCCUCCUCCUCCUCCUCCUCCCCCCUUCCCUCCCUGCCCCCCCACCACAGAAGGGAAGAGACAAUUCUCCUCCGAGCAGCAGCAAACAUGAUGGCGGCAGCUCCCAUCCAGCAGAACGGGACCCACACCGGGGUUCCCAUAGACCUGGACCCGCCGGACUCCCGGAAAAGACCGCUUGAAGCCCCCCCCGAAGCCGGCAGCACCAAGAGGACCAACACGGGCGAGGAUGGCCAGUAUUUUCUAAAGGUCCUCAUACCUAGUUAUGCUGCUGGAUCUAUAAUUGGGAAGGGAGGACAGACAAUUGUUCAGUUGCAGAAAGAGACUGGGGCCACCAUCAAGCUGUCUAAAUCCAAAGAUUUUUACCCAGGUACUACGGAACGGGUGUGUCUGAUCCAGGGAACAGUUGAAGCACUAAAUGCAGUUCAUGGCUUCAUUGCAGAGAAGAUUCGAGAAAUGCCUCAAAAUGUGGCCAAGACAGAGCCUGUCAGCAUUCUACAGCCUCAGACCACUGUUAAUCCAGACCGCAUCAAACAAACAUUGCCAUCUUCCCCAACUACCACCAAGUCCUCUCCAUCUGAUCCCAUGACCACCUCCAGAGCCAAUCAGGUAAAGAUUAUAGUUCCCAACAGCACAGCAGGUCUGAUAAUAGGGAAGGGAGGUGCUACAGUGAAGGCUAUAAUGGAGCAGUCAGGGGCUUGGGUGCAGCUUUCCCAGAAACCUGAUGGGAUCAACUUGCAAGAGAGGGUUGUCACUGUGAGUGGAGAACCUGAACAAAACCGAAAAGCUGUUGAACUUAUCAUCCAGAAGAUACAAGAGGAUCCACAGAGUGGCAGCUGUCUCAAUAUCAGUUAUGCCAAUGUCACAGGUCCAGUGGCCAAUUCCAAUCCAACCGGAUCUCCUUAUGCAAACACUGCUGAAGUGUUACCAACUGCUGCAGCUGCUGCAGGGCUAUUAGGACAUGCUAACCUUGCUGGAGUGGCAGCCUUUCCAGCAGUUUUAUCUGGCUUUACAGGCAAUGACCUGGUGGCCAUCACCUCUGCACUUAAUACAUUAGCCAGCUAUGGAUAUAAUCUCAAUACAUUAGGUUUAGGCCUAAGUCAGGCAGCAGCUACAGGGGCUUUGGCUGCAGCAGCUGCCAGUGCCAACCCAGCAGCAGCAGCAGCCAAUUUGUUGGCCACCUAUGCGAGUGAAGCCUCAGCCAGUGGCAGCACUGCUGGUGGUACGGCGGGGACAUUUGCAUUAGGUAGCCUGGCUGCUGCUACUGCUGCAACCAAUGGAUAUUUUGGAGCUGCUUCUCCCCUAGCUGCCAGUGCCAUCCUAGGAACAGAAAAAUCCACAGAUGGAUCAAAGGAUGUAGUUGAAAUAGCAGUGCCAGAAAACUUAGUUGGUGCAAUACUUGGAAAAGGAGGGAAAACAUUAGUUGAAUACCAGGAGUUGACUGGUGCAAGGAUACAGAUCUCUAAAAAGGGAGAAUUCGUACCUGGCACAAGAAAUCGCAAGGUAACCAUUACUGGAACACCAGCUGCAACCCAGGCCGCACAGUAUUUAAUUACACAACGGAUCACAUAUGAGCAAGGAGUUCGGGCUGCCAAUCCACAGAAAGUGGGUUGAGAGCCCCUGUUAAACAUGAGAUUGUUUUAACCCCUCCUUACCCUAUUUUCAAGAAGGAUGUACUGUACUUUGCAGAAGUGAAGUUUUUCUGUUAUUAAUAUAUAAUUAUGCAAAUGAAUGCGACUAUGUUGACAAUGUGUAUAUGUAAAUAUAAUGUGUUUUACCAGAUGUUUCAUAGAGAGAAUUUUUUCUUGAUCUGUUUUGUUCUCUAUACUUUGCUUGUGUAUAUUUGUCAGAGGUGUUUCUAGUGUAAGAUUUAAGCCUGCCAUUUUACCAGCAUUAUUGUAGUUUAAUGAUUGAAUGUAGA